CCUUUGAUGUCCACACUCUCUUUUGUUUCUUCUCUCCUUAGAUAGAAAAAAAAACAUUUGUCUCUCUAAAAGAAACGACGUAGUUUUCUUCACCAAAUGGACUUUCAAGAAAACAACAACAACAAUCAAGAAGAUGAAGAAGACCAAAUGAAUCUCCACGAUGAAGAAGAACAAGAAGAAGACGACGCCGUUUACGACUCUCCAGUACCGUCUCGUGUCCUCAAAACCUCCACUGAAAGUCCCGACACAACCGGAACAACUUCAGCAGGCGUCGGAGGAGGAGGGUUCAUGGUGGUUCACGGUGGCUCCUCCUCCUCAAGCAGGUUUAGGUUCCGUGAGUGUCUCAAGAACCAAGCGGUGAACAUAGGAGGACACGCGGUGGACGGUUGCGGCGAGUUUAUGCCAGCUGGAAUCGAAGGAACCAUCGAUGCCCUAAAAUGCGCAGCGUGUGGCUGUCACCGUAACUUCCACCGCAAGGAACUACCUUAUUUCCACCACCACGCGCCGCCACCUCCUCCUCCACCGCCUGGAUUCUACCGUCUUCCUGCUCCGGUGAGUUAUCGUCCUCCUCCACAGCCUCCUUCUCAAGCUCCUCCUCUUCAGCUAGCUCUCCCUCCACCGCAGAGAGAGAGGUCAGAAGAUAGGAUGGAGACUUCUUCUGCUGAGGCAGGAGGUGGAGGUGGAGGGAGUAGUGGGAUUAGGAAGAGGUUUAGGACUAAGUUCACGCCGGAGCAGAAGGAGAGGAUGUUAGCUUUAGCUGAGAGUAUUGGUUGGAGGAUUCAGAGACAAGAUGAUGAAGUGAUUCAGAGGUUUUGUCAAGAGACUGGUGUCCCUAGACAAGUUCUUAAGGUUUGGUUACAUAACAACAAACACACUCUUGGUAAGUCAUCAUCUCCACCACUUCACCAGCAUCCUCAUCAGAAUCCAUCUCUUCCUCAUCCUCAUCCUCCUCCACAGUCUUCUUCGUUUCAUCAUGAACAAGACCAACCAUGAAUCUUGAUUUUCUUGAUCACUUGUUAGGGUUUUUUAUUUAGCUAAUCAAUUUACUUGAGGGAAUUUGAGAUGGUUUUUUAUUUGUUUAGUUUAUGUACCCAUUUGGUGAUGAUGAUGUUGUUGUUGUUGACGCUCUUUCUGUUUAAUUAAUUACGUUUUUCAUUAUCAUCUUCUGUAGUCUCAUUCUUGAGUUGUUUAGUGUACUAUUAGUGAUUAGUGAGGAUUUUUAGUAAUUAACAUCACAUGUGUCAGUGUUUUAGAUUUAUCAUUGUCUU